ACGCAUUCCGACUACGAUUACACGCCGUAUGCUCAACCGUAUAUGCAGCCUGCUUAUGUUUAUCCACAGUAUCAUAUGGCUCCUAUGCCACCCCCAGCUCAGAUGCAUCCGCAUGCCUAUCGUCACCCAUACCACUACCCUCCGGAAUGGUAUCAGUAUCCUCCAGCUCCAAUGCACCCUAUGGCGCCACCGCAUCCUGCUUCUCCCUAUGGGCACCACCAUCGUAUGCCGCCAAUGCAGCCUGGCUACUAUCCUGAACCGGGUCCACGUGGUUCUUCCCAACAUCGCUUCGCCUCUGGGAAUGAGCCUCACGACAGUAACGUUCAUGGACCCUAUUCGAUGUCGGAUGUCUCCAACGUAGGGUUCGAUCAAGAUCGGUUCACAUCUUCAAGCUCUUCUGGGAACCAGGACCCUUACGUGAGUUGCCCAGUUUUUGAGCAACUUCGUGACUUUUCUGUGGAAUCGAUCAGAGAAAUCAAUGCUCUUCCACCGUUGUCGGCUUUACCUAUGUACCAUACUCCGUCGAAAAAUGUCUUCACUGCAAAAUCGAUCAGUGGCGAGGUUUCUUUGAGUUUGAAAAUCUGUAAGAAAAAACAAAAAUAA